AUGAUUCAUUGGUCGAUAAAUAAUACACAAGUUUCAGGACCCAUGAAUGAUCUACAGACCUUGGUCAUGAACUAUCAGAAGGUUUGGAAUGCCAAAGAAUGCACAUUGGAGAACUUAAUGGGUUCGGUUGAGGAGAGUUAUGCUAAAUUGGUUAGAUACUUUAUUGUUCAGUAUUGCUAUAACAUGGGGAAAACUAAUACUGGAUCGACUUUUUUUAUUGAGAGGAACGACGAGAAUCGCUUCAAGUAUUUCUUUAUGGCCCUUGAACAAUGCGUUCGAGGAUUUCGAAACGUGAUGCGACCUCUAAUUCUAGUCGACAGUACAACCUUUAAGGCUAGAUACGAGCGCAAGUUGAUUAUUGCAAUAUGUCAAGAUACCAACAUCCAAAUUUACCGUCUUACAUUCAGCAUAGUUGAUGGAGAGAAUAAUCGAGCGUUGCAUUGGUUCUUCACAAAGUUGAAGAAAGUAAUUGGGGACAUCAAAAACCUUGCAUUCAUAAUCGAUCGAGGGCAGUCAAUAAUAAACGGUAUCGUCAAAGUCUUCCUCGAGGCACAUCAUGAUUAUUAUAUGUACCAUAUACAAGGAAACUUGAAGAGCAAGUAUCGUGGUAAGGGCAUCAUUGUGUUGUUCAGGAGAGCUGCAAAGACUUAUAGGUUUGAAGAGUUUAAGAAGUUCAUGGUCGAAAUAGACAAUAAAUCACAUGCUGCAUGGGAGUAUCUAACAGGCAUAAGGAUCGAACAUUGGUGGUUUAAUAAUCGACGUGAAAAAUCACAAAGUUGCACAAGUGUGCUUACCCUGGCUCGUGAAGAUAAACUCUUCAAGACGCUAGAUGUGGCGAGAAAGGUAUUCAUAGAACCACUAGAUCAAUUUCGCUUCUCCGUGAGAUAUGUACGUAAUUUCGGAUACAUUGUGGACUUGAAUGGUAGCACGUGCAUGUGUAGACAAUUUCAAUUGGAGAGCUUUCCAUGUGCACAUGCAGUAGCAGUAGCUAUGUAUAGAGGAUUCCCACCACAUACCUUAUGCAGUGUUUAUUAUACGACUGAUUAUUGGACAGCAUCGUAUGCCGAAAUAAUAUUCCCUAUACCAAACGAAAUCGAGUGGGAAGUUCCCGACCACAUUCUGUCACUAAAUAAUUUGUUGCCACCAGAAGUCGGACCACGUACCCCUGGAAGUAGACGUACGUCUAUAAUACCGUCUACUGCAGAAUUUUUCCGACCUCGUAAGUGCGUUAUUGAAGCGAUCGAUGUCGUCGACGAUUUCCAAGUGAAAAAGGUUGAUCGUAGUCUUCUUGUGGUAAUACCAUAUCAUGGUCUCAAGGAUGUAUACUAG